AUGGAGGCGACGACGGCGGCGGCCUUCGAGAAGCACGCCGCGCGCCUCGACGUCAUCAAGAAGGACGAGUUCGUCGCCUGGGCGGCGGAGGAGACCAAGGUCGUCGACUCCCUCACGGCGCUCCUCAUCAAGUUCGGGAGCCUGAAGGGCGAGCUGCCGGCCGCGCCGUCGGGCGAGCGCUACAACACCUUGCUGCCGUCGCCGGCGGGCGCCAAGUACGCGCUGGCCGUCGUCCAGUUCAAGGUCCCCGGCCACCCGAACGGCGGCUCGGACAAGGGCCCGGACGGGAACCGCAUCGACUCGAUCCCGAUCGCGAACGGCGUGAUCAAGGCCGGCGGGGCGUGCGACAUGCUCCUGUACGACUACACGGACCACGCGGGCUUCGAGGCGACGAUCGAGAAGUACGACGCGCUCAUCGUCCGCAUCAACCCCGGCCAGCUGUCCCAGAUCCCGGGCGUCGACGGCGUCCAGGCCAAGUUCGACGCGACGAUGAACGCGUUCGUCGGCAAGGGCAAGCCCGUCUGGUCGAGCCCCGGCGUCCAGCAGAAGAUGGGCGCCAAGGACGCCCUCUGCAAGAUCGCCAACAUGGGCUGCGGCCUCGUGGACACGUUCGCGUACUACGACGCGGAGACCCUCGAGACCCAGUUCAAGAAGACGAUGGCGUUCCAGCCGCGCGUGGUCAAGCAGAACCGCGGCUCGGCGGGCGAGGGCAUCUGGCUGUGCUGGAUCGCCAACGAGACCAAGGACGGCAUCAUCCCGGACAUCGAGUACCCGUCGAAGACGUUCGGGGCCGAGUCGCUCGGCGACGACGUCAUGCUCAAGCUCAUGGAGAUGAACGACAACCACGUCGAGUACCACACGGUGAAGGAGUUCCUCGUGUUCUGCGGCGGCGCGGCGGCCGGCGGCCAGCUCGUCGACCAGCGGCUCCUGCCCCGCAUCUCCGAGGGCGAGGUCCGCGUCCUCAUGGCGGGCGACACGUGCCAGAUGAUCAUCCACAAGAAGCCCGAGGGCGGCCUGUCGGCGGUCGGCGGCAACUCGGCGUACACGUACUACGAGCCGUCGGACCCGCUCUACGCGGAUCUCCUGACGAAGCUGACGACGGACAUCAAGAACGGCCUGAUGGACGUCCUCGACCUCAAGGGCGAGGCGCUCCCGCUGCUCUGGACGUGCGACUACAUCCCGAAGAACCCCGAGGGCUGGUCGAAGACGGAGAACGCGUGCGACAUGGAGACGGAAUACGUCGUCGGAGAGUUCAACUGCUCCUGCGUCGGC